AUGUUUGGAGGUACCCCAGUUGCAAAGACGGAGACCCUUAAACUCCUGGGAGUCUCAUUUGAUGCCAAGUUGUCAUUCCGCAACCACCUCCACAAUGUCGCAGUCCGUGAAAGCCAACGACUGGGAUUUGUCCGACGAGCUGCACACGUCCUGCCUCGGGGCGGCCGCCUGGCAAUGUACAAAGGUUUCGUACGCCCAGUCCUGGAGUAUGCCCCAUUGGUCUGGAUGGGCGCCUGCCAGACCCAUCUCGAUCACCUAGAUCGAGUCCAGAGGAGGGCUCUGGACAUCAUCGGCCCAGGCACCCUCCUGGACUACCUCAGUCUACGCCGCUCGGUUGCUGGCCUCACGUACCUGUACAAGCUACGCUCCACUGAUGGCCCAGCGCAACUCACCGCAAUGCUUCCACCUCCGGAACCGCCACGGCCUCACCCCAAGACUAGACGGCAGCUCGACGCCAGCCACCACCCUGCCUACCUGAAGCUUGACCUCUCACACAGUGCCCCUAACUACAUCCGCCGGUCAUUUCCCUUCUGCCUCGUGGAAGUGUGGAACAGCUUUCCAGCAGAGAUGCUCGCCAACCUCCAGGUUAAGAAAAUGCAGACGUUCAAAGUGAAUGUUCACAGGCACUUGCGCCACAAGCACUGGCUUUGGGCAACGGACAACAACUAG